GGACCCAACCUCCCUACAUCAAUCUCCACCCUCCUGGCUAGCAGGCUAUAUAGUCAGUCCAUGAUCAGAAGCUGUACGCCACCUGCUCUCGAAGCAGGGCGAGGGACACAAUGGAACAGCCUAGCCUUCAGUGCUCCCAGCCGGCCUCUGGCUCCCUGACCUCCCCGCAGACUAAUCAUUCUACCUUCCCGAAUCCCAACUGUAGCUCUCCGGGGCCAUACCAGGACUCUAUUGCACUCCCUUGGAAGGUGGUCCUGGCCACAUUACUUGCACUUAUCACCUUGGCCACCACGCUCUCCAAUGCCUUUGUGAUCGCCACGGUCUCUCGGACUAGGAAGCUGCACACUCCUGCCAACUACCUGAUCGCCUCCCUAGCAGUUACUGACUUGCUUGUGUCUAUCCUGGUGAUGCCCAUCAGCACCAUGUACACGGUCACCGGUAGGUGGACGCUUGGCCAGAUUGUCUGCGAUUUUUGGCUGUCCUCGGACAUUACCUGUUGCACAGCUUCCAUCCUGCAUCUCUGUGCCAUCGCUCUGGACCGCUACUGGGCCAUUACAGACGCGGUGGAGUAUUCGGCUAAAAGGACUCCCAAGCGAGCCGCGGGGAUGAUUGCCAUGGUGUGGGUCUUCUCCGUGUCCAUCUCCAUGCCCCCACUCUUCUGGCGCCAGGCUAAGGCUGAGGAGGUAGCAGACUGCUUGGUGAACACAGACCAUAUCCUUUACACCGUCUACUCCACUGUGGGCGCCUUCUACUUCCCCACACUGCUGCUUAUUGCCCUCUAUGGUCGCAUCUAUGUGGAAGCUCGUUCUCGGAUUUUGAAACAGACGCCCAACAGGACGGGCAAACGCCUGACCCGGGCCCAACUGAUCACUGACUCCCCGGGAUCCUCUUCCUCUGCCACUUCCAUUAACUCUCGAGCGCCCGAGGGAUCCAGUGAAUCGGGGUCCCCAGUGUUUGUGAACCAAGUAAAGGUGAAAGUCUCUGACACUUUCCUGGAAAAGAAGAAGCUCAUGGCCGCUAGGGAGCGAAAAGCCACCAAAACGCUUGGGAUAAUUUUAGGAGCCUUUAUCGUCUGUUGGCUGCCUUUCUUUAUCAUCUCCCUGGCUUUGCCUAUCUGCGAUGACGCCUGCUGGUUCCACCUGGCCAUCUUUGACUUCUUUACUUGGCUAGGAUAUCUCAACUCCCUCAUCAACCCCAUCAUCUAUACCAUGUCCAAUGACGACUUCAAACAAGCUUUUCAUAAACUGAUACGGUUCAGGCGCACGAGCUGAAUCUUGAAGUGGCAGAGCGUUCACCAAGGCGCCUCUGGGGAACGUGCUUGUCUUGUGUCUGAUUCCACAGGUAAGGUGGACUCUUGUUAUGCUGGUGCUGUCUCAGAAAGAGGCUCUCCUGGGCCAGAGAAAGCGGUGCUGAGAAACCAGUAGAGUCCAGAGGGGGCUCUGGAAGGAGAACCGUGCGUAGAAAGGGUAGAGCAAGAAGAAUCUAUCAGCUCCCCACACUCCCAGCUCCCCAAACUUCCUGCCUUUGCUAUUGACACUGCUGCUUUCCAGCGCCUAUUGGGCUGUAACUUUUUUUUUUUAAUAAGCAUUUAAAUGGGAGAUACUUACCCAUGAAAGACCAUUGUAUGGAGUCACUGUCAGUCUAUAGUUUCGGGUACCUGGAAACCUGCCGAGCUCCUAUCUCCUCCCUGCAGGCAGUGCUUAUAAUAGAAGUUUAUCCUCCUGUGCUAGUGGGGGGAAAAACUUGAUCUCACUCCUCUCUCCUACUCCAAUCCAAUGAAACUGGCAAGUGUUUACUUCUCGCAACUCUCUCUCUUUUAAGUAUUUAAACACAGUCAGAGGAGCGUAUGGAUUUAGUUUCCUGGACCUUAAUUUUGUCUCUGAUGGAGAAGAAAGCCUGAAGAGUUAACUGCGUUGCGGAAUUCUGCUCUGAACAAUCCCUAUUGUUUUCUUUAUACUUGAAACUAGCUGGGCGAUGGGCAGACUUGACUAGGAGAACAGAACUCCUUGGGUGUUUGUUUUCUGCAGAUAUGUAAUUUUGCAUUCCUGUUUAGCUAUUGUCAAGCCACAGCUAACAAAGCAAACUAAGUAUUAUGUGUGCUCGUGCCAAAGUUUGCAAACUGCUUUAGUUUUAUUCCUAAUUCAUGUACCUGUCACUUUACAUAUUUAAAUUCCGGGUAAAUGGAGAGUAUGAUGGGUGACUCAGACCAAACUGCUGCUAUCUUACUUAUGAAUGCAAUCCUCUAGUGUUAGAUAAAUCCCUCCUUCACCCUGUUUAACUAGACAGCUGUCUUUGUCUUUAAUCUCUAGUCCAAUUCAGUGGAACCGACUUGCAGAAGAGAGAUGAAAUAGCAACAGCUCCUAUUGGUUAAGGAAUGGGGCGAGGGGAAAAGGGAGGGGAAAUGUAUAACCUUGACUUGUACAAAAUUUUUAAAAUGCAUGAGAUAGUUAUUUGCACAAACAUUCAUUUCACCAGAGAUUACCUUGUUAACUAGCCUGUGAAGUCACUAAGGGUCACUAAGUAACCGCCAGGUACAGAAACACUUGACAUGGAAUAAGAGCCGUAACAUCAGUGUUACUGUUGAAUAUUUGCUUCCUCAUCUUUUAUGUUUUAAAUGUAGCAAAAACAAAGACUAUUAGAAAAGGAUAGCACUGGGGACAGCAAAAGAAAAAAAAAGCUAAGAUACAGAUAAAUUUUGUUUUAAUUCGAGACCAUCCUAGACAGAGCCCUUCGUGUAGCUCUUGGAGGGUGAAAAGACGGCACUCUACAAAGUCAUUACUGUGUAGAGCAAAUUAUAUUGAGAAGUGGUUUAAACUUGUAUUCUGAAACUCUGGUCCUGGUUAUGAUACCUCACGAAGCUGUAACAAUUGGAAUAUUCAAAAGUUUUAAAUCUUUACAAACUCUGCUUUAGUACUUUGGUUGUGGUCUCAGCUUAGCUCUGAAAGAUCCAUUUUUUUCUUCUAGAUAGGGCCACAAAUUGAAGGAUGGAAAAUCCAUAAUCUCAGUAAAUAAAAGACCUAUAAGAGAAUCCAUCUACGUAGAAAAAAACCAAAAACCCUACCCCACCCAUCACUUAGGUAAGAUCUAUAUUCUUUUGAGCUACUUUCUGCAAGUCACCAUUUUAUUUUAAAAAAAGCCUCUCUUAACUGCUGGAAACUCAGGCAAAGGAGAUUUUUGAACUGAAUUAUCAAAAUACACUCCCUACCUUCCUACUUUGCAGUUUUUCACUGAGAUAAUAGCUCUUAACAUUACACUAUUCAGAUUGUCGUAUGUAUUCUCAAUACAAAGGGAAACUAACUGGUGUUGUUGACACCUUGUCUUUGGGGCUGGACUUUAAACUUCAGGGCAUUAAAAAAAAACAACCCAUCAGUCUUAGCAGGCUUCUCAAGUACAUUUGCUCUGGGGUUUCUCCCAUGCAGAAAUCAAACUUGGGAUGUUCAUAGGGCUCAAUAAUUUGUGUUGAUGUUAUUAAUCUAUUUGUAUUUGUAUAUGCCAUUGUAAAUGCUGUUGUACUUCUGUUGGGCAUAAGUGACAGUUAAGUCAAAUUCUAGCAGCCACAGAGAAACUGUAUAUUUAAACAUAUGGUGGUGACUCCCACACAGGCAGUGACCAUGGUUGUAUCUAAGUACUGUUAGAAUGUAUAGUCAAUUUAGUCAGAGCUGGUUGCUUACCACCAUGAAAAGCUAAUUAUUUGACUGAAUCGACUGGUCAUUUAAAUAUUGUGGGAUAAGUGAGUGUAUGCCAAAAUUGUAGUAAUAAGAAUUCUCACUUCAUCAAUCCACAUUGCACUUGAUUAUGCAAAGUGUAUUGCCGUGUAAAUCAGAGGGGUAUAAACUCCUUUUCAGUUACUGCUUCCUGUAGGACAGUCAUGUGCUUGUAUGAUAGUUCAGUCCAUAAACUAGUCACAUUAAAAAAUAUGAAAGGGGAGAGAAACAUGAAAACUUUGUGACCUUUCCGCCAAAGUAAAAUGAAACAUAUUUGUUGGAUGUUGUAAGAAAUAUUGUCCACAUUUGUAUUAAAUUGCACACCCAUCUACAUGAAUAUAUUUAUAUGUAAGCAUCCAAAAUGCCUAUACUGUCUUGUAUUUUCAGAGAUUUUAAAUUUGAUUUUUUUCCCAAAACAGCCACAAUGACCACAAAAGAAUGGCUGUUGACUUGGACAGACUUUAUAAUAAAACAAUAAUCUCAGACUUUGCUAUAUUUCAUCUUGGUUGUCUUUAAACAAAAGACAGUUAAGAGAUCUCUAACUCAUUUCAGCAGCAGCAGCCCAGAACAUAUGCAUUUGGUGGAGUUGCUGUGAUUGCAUUGCCUUUGGCAUCCCUCCUUUCAACAGAUGUAUAAUUGGAAAUGGAACUUAGAAGAAAAAAUGAAAUAAAAAUUUACGUUGUUCUAAGGAA